AUGGAAGUGCAGGCAGCACAAAAUCCGACCCCGAUCAAAGCUACGAUGUUCGACACCUGUUUUGCGCUGUCCAAGCAGUAUUUCGUGCCUAUAGACGAGGUCAAAAAAUGCUUGGAAGAGUUCAAGCAGAUUGACACCAGUGGCGACAUGCUCGUAUCGGAGGCGGAGUUCGAGGCCUCCACGCGGCAGAACUUGAACUGGCCGGAAGACCAGGAUCUUCCAGCAAACUUGGUGCGGAAGAUCAAGAAAUACUUCCAGGACAUGGACAAGGACCGCAAUGACGUCAUCGACUUUGAGGAGUAUUUCGAUUGGUCAAUGAAGCACAGGUGGAGCGAGGAGUUUCUGGCAUUGGACGACAAGGACAUGGAGAACAGGAACUUCCGGCACCGUUUGCGUCACCUUCGGCUCUUUGACCCUGGGCUUCUUUCACCAAAGAAGUUUUAUGCAUGA